AUGAGGGUUCAGAGGUUAGAGGCUGCUUUUAUGAAUGCUCAACACUCUAUGCCUCAGGAUCCUCACAAUGUGGCUUAUGCUUCUCAAGAGUGUGAAUUAGCGACAGCUCUACAGCAAGCUCAGAUUGAUCACACUUCUUUGCUACAACAGAGAGCUAAGAUGUCUUGGCUUCGUUUUGGUGAUGAUAACACAUCCUUCUUCCAUAGGAGCAUAAAACAACGAAGGUUAACCUACCAAUCAUUAGGGACGGCUAUGUACUCAAUCAAACUCAAAGGGAUAUGCUCAUUGUCCUUUACUGCUCAGGAAACUAAAGAUUCUUUAUGGAGUAUACCGAAUGAUAAAGUUCCAGGCUUAGAUGGUAAUGAUGUUGUUAGGAAUUAUCAAGAGUUCUUUACUAAUGGAAAGUUGCUCAAAGCAUGGAAUGUUGAUGCCAUUAUUCUGAUCCCUAAAACUGCUUGCCGUUCACGUCCAGGAAAGAACAGUCUGUUACACAUGUGCUUUAUAAAUGAUAUUGUUAAAUAUUACUCUAGAAAACACUGUUUACCUAGUGCUCUGUUAAAGAUUGACCCGCACAAAGCAUAUGAUAUGAUGGAGUGGCAGUUUAUUAAAGACAUGCUAGUGGCUCUCAGAUUCCCUUCUUGUUUCAUAUGGAUUGUGAUAGCUUGCAUAUCUUCAACUAGCUAUUCUCUACUCAUUAAUGGUAGCCCGUUGGAAGCUUUUGAUGCUCAAAGGGGCCUGGACCAAGGGGAUCUCAUGUCUCCGCUAUUGUUAGUAUUGGGCAUGGAGUAUCUAUAA